GGCUGCCGUACCAAAACAAGGAAGUGUCGACACCAGGAUGGACAUUUUAAAAAGAUACACUCCAAACACAUAUAAAACGCGUAUUUAUAACUAUGACUAGCUUCAAAUUGUGUUAUUAAACUUUCAGUAAUAAUAUUGACGUCCAGGAACAGUUUGAAUCAAUUGUCUAAAUGUAUUUAUUUCGAUUUUUAUGAAGCUAACCGCCUUAGCGAGGCAGCUAGCUAGCUCGUUAGCAUCGGAGUUAAUGAGGAGCUAAUGAGGGAUUUUGUUGUUAAAAUGGUUCAGAACAUGUUCCGGACCGGUUUCCUGGUUCGGGCCUCCCACACCCUACUGACCUGGGUCAUAACCGUGGUUCUGUUUCUGCAUAACACCGAUCUGAGGAGGUGUGAGGAGCGAGGAGAGCUGCUGCUGCCGGCUCUCUUCUUCCUGCUGGUCGUCCUGUCGGUGUUGUUGUACUUCACAGUUUCAUUAAUGGAUCCGGGCUUCGUUCUCACAGAUACCGCCAAGGGCGUUCAUGGUUCGAGUGAAGAGACGGAGUCGAUGAUUCCCGAGUCGUCGACCCCUCGGCUGCGACGCUGUGGAUUCUGUCUGCUGCAGCAACCAAUGAGAGCGAAGCACUGCCAGACGUGCAAACGCUGCGUCCGCCGCUUCGACCAUCACUGCCCGUGGAUGGAGAACUGUGUGGGUGAGAGGAACCACCGCUGGUUCGUCGUCUACCUGCUGGUGCAGCUGCUGGUGCUGCUCUGGGCUCUGCACGUCGGCCUCUCAGGUAUCUCCAACGGCAUCACCUGGGAGCUGUGGUUCAGAGGGAACGGGUUCCUGCUGGCGGCGCUGGCCGUGGUCGGGGUUUUCUCCGUGGUGGUGGUGCUGCUGCUGGGCUGCCAUCUCUACCUGGUGUCCGUCAACUGCACCACCUGGGAGUUCAUGUCGCGCCACCGCAUCUCCUACCUGAAGACCUUCAGGGACGAGGAGAACCCCUUCGACCGAGGAGUUUUCUGCAACCUUUGGGACUUCUUCUGCAUCUGCAGGACGGUGGUUUGGGAGCAGGUUUACCAGAGGAACUCCCCGAACCCCGUCUGACCUCAGAACAUUGUUUUAUGUUAACAUCCAGGGCAGACAGUGAUUGAAAGGUGGUCGACCAGUAGAGCUACCAAACAAUGAAGCACCUUCAUUUAGAUUUUCGUUAUUUAGAACCCAGACACUUGAUCAUUUCUGACCUGAGAAGUUUUUUCUUACCUUGAAACCCAUUUCAAGAAUUCAAAAUCUCCACAACUACAUCACAUAUAAAAAAUAUUCUCCUCCUUCUUGGAAGUUUCCCCCUUUUAUUGCUCUUCAACAUCAAAUUACUGUCAAUUUAUUUAGAUUUAUUCACAAGAAUUUACCAAAAAACACUCUUUCAUGUCAAAAUGCAGACAGAUUUCUACAAAGUCAUGUCAAUUAAUUCCAAAUACACAAAAUUAAAAAAGAAAUAGCAGAAGUAUUUUGUAGAUGCAUCUUUGUGUCCACUUCCAUCAUUGAUCCUGUUGGUCUCAAUCAGUCUGAACAUCUGGACGCUACAGUUUUACCUCAUUCUUCUUGUAAAACUGUUAAGGUCCAGACACUAAUCUUCAGUUGGAUUUAGGUCUGGACUCUCUCCAGAACUUCCACCUUGUUGUCUUUCAGCCAUUUUUGAGGAUCUUUGUCUGUUUGCUUCGACUCAUCGUCUGGAUGGAAAACUGAUCUUCUCAGUUCUUUGCUGCAUUCAUUUACCCUCUACCUUUACAAGCCUUCCAGGACCUGCUGCUGAGGAACACCAUGAUGCUGCCACCACCAUGCUUCACAGUGGAGAUGCUGUGUUUGUAAUGAUGCCCAGUGUUUGGUGUUCUCCAAACAUAUCAUCCAGUCUGAUGGACAUAAAGCUCCAUCCUGGUCUCCUCAGACCAAAGAACCUUCUUCCAGGUGUCUUCAGAGUCUCCACAUGUCUUCUGGUGGACUCUAGUCCAGAUUUAAUUGGAGGUUUUUCCAUCAGAGUCUUUCUCUUUGUCUCCAUAAAGCUUUGACUGGUGAAGAACAGACAACAGCUGUUGGAUGAACAGUCUCUAACAUCUCAGCUGAUAAAGGUGUCUUGGUGGCCCCCUUACUAGUCUCUUUCUUCUCGGUCUCUCAGGUCUUGAGGACGUCCUGCUUUAGUCACAUUUAUUCAUGUUCCAUCUUCCUUCCAUUUCUUAAUGAUGGAUUUAACUGGACUCCUGGAGAUCUUCAGGAACUUGGAAAUGUUCUUGUAUCAUCCUGACUGAUGCUUUUCAAAAACCUUUUCUCAGAGUUUCUUGGAAUUUUUUAGUCUUCAGGGUGUAGUUCUACUGAUUCACCUGUGACUGGACCUUCCAGAUACAGGAGUCUGUAUCCUACAGUCAUUAAAACUGAUUCAUUUCAUCAGAUAAUCUUUAUUUCACUUCUCGUUCCAACUGGCUGCACACGUGUUGAAUUAGUCACCUUAGAGAAUGUGGACGUUCAUGCAGUCACGUAUUUUACAUGCAAUAUUUUCAAUUAACUGACAUGACUUUGGAGAAAUCUGCUCUCGCUUUGGAAAGAGAGCAGUAGAUUUUGUAAAUUCUUGUCAAAAAAGCCGCGAUUUGCUGUUGACAAGCAGCAAAAGAGAGAAAACGACCGUAGAGCGGUGAAUGCUUUUUAUCGACACUGUAGCUCCCACAGCCAUAAAACGUAGUGAGGACAAAGAUAAACGCUGUUUGACAUGUCACAGAGAUAAGAAGUCAUGACAGUGUUUGACUUAAAUAUGUCAGCGUGCUCCAGAUGGAUUGGACAAGCCUUUAAGGAGUCCUACCAACUCUAGUGUUCCUUUAGCGCCACCUUGAGGUUCAUGUUUGGAGUUCUGAGUGAGGAAUUCCAGCCAUAUUGGGAGUGGAUUUUUCUGUCUGUCAGGAUGAAUUUUAACAACUUUGGUGCUCCCUUACCUUCUUCUGUCAGAUCCUGCAAACUAACUACAUUCCCAACAGCUUCAACUGAGUGCGAAAUGGCAAUUUGUAGUGUUUUAAAUGGAGAUAUAAACAAGGCAAAUGCAGACUAAAUGUCUAAAUAAUCAACUCACGAAGUUUACAUUUAUCUGAGAGCACAAAUACCCAAGUACUAGUUGUUGAUUUAACUCCUAAAAACUCAGAUUUAGCUUUUUUUUAUUGUAGAACUGAUUCUGAAGAGGAUAAUAGUUCUUGGCUUUGGUACACUGCAGUUCAAACAUGGAAAUGCAUAAAGCUAACAGAUUUUUUUUUAAAUUCUUUGGUGUCUCAUAUAAAAACCACCACAUUGACAUCUUAAGGUAAAAACAAAAAAAAGUAGAUUUUGUUUUUCCUGUCCUACUCAACAACUCGCAUAGAAAACUUUUUUUUUUUAAAGUUUCAAUCUAAAAACAAUGUUUACAUGAAAAGAAUCUUUGUUUUUUCGCCUCAAAAUGGGCUUUUUGGAGGCAAUUUGACCGAAAUCCACACGUAUUCUUGCGAUUUCUGUCAAUUUAGUGAACAAAAAGGCCAUUAUUUGAAGCCCCAUUCAACAAAAUUGUUUAAGAUACAUCAAACUGUUAUUUUUAUUCUGAAUUCCUCUCAUUUUGACAAUUUUUUAAAAACUUUGCUGCAGGAAAAAUUGCAAAAAAUCUGAUAAUCUGCUCUCAGUUUUGGCUCUUAACAGUUCGACACUUGAUUCUUUGGAUGAAAAAUUGAGGUUUUGCAACCGACGUGUGGUUAAUUUUUGGUAAAAUCCAACUUUUUUUUGGGUUCCUGAAUCUCUAAUUUACCUCUCUGGACUAGGAGUUGCCCACAAAACUGAACUCUGCAUUUAAAGAAGUCUGUAUUUUCAGGAAGCACUGUUUUUUACUCAGGUCUGUGAAUGUUUAACACUAACUGCCUUUAAACCCGUUGACGUCUUGUGCCUUUACCUGAUGUCAGUCCUUGUUUUCACUGUGUGUUAAUGUUCACGCUGAGAGCCAAAUAUUUUACAAACGUGUUGUUUUUUUACCGUAUAUGUUCUGUUUGUAUUUAUUGACAACAAGAGUACAUUAAAACACGGAUGAUGAUA